AUGAAAGCCAGAGACGUCAAUCUCAACGGUAACUUCUCACUCGCACAAAAGCCCCACGAACCCGAGGACGGCCGGGACACACCACGGGCAGCAGGCUGGCACAAGGCAGCGGACAACGCCAGGAUCGGGAACGACACCACCACUCAGCCACAGGCACCUGAGAGAACCAACCGGGAGCGUUCCGGGAGCACCGCACACACCCCGGGUGUGCACGGGCUCACCGCACGGGCGGUACGGGGAGCCUUCCCCCGGCAGACGCGAGGCACCCACUCCGAGAGGCACCCAACCACCACACCCACACCGCGUGGGGUCGGUGUCCGGGCCGGGACCGGCCCCACCACCUAUCGGCUCACCCGGGGACCCUCUCCCCCGACUCCCGAGACGUCCCUCGUACUCUCCUUUUUUCGCCCUCAAAGACCAGAGUCCAGGGAGGGGAGGAGGACAAGGCGUCGGGCCCAGACAGAACUACUGGUCGACCCGACAAAGCUGCCACCCCCCGCACAGACCGGGCACCGAAGAGAGAGCGGCGACGCACGGCCCCACCCCGCGCUCGCCUGCGGGCGCAAAGUCCGACAGAACAGCCGCCCCGGCGCCACAGCGACACCACGGCGACAGUCGCGCCCGGCACCCGGCAGAGGCCGGGCCUCCGCCCGGCUCGCUGCCGCCAGACCUCCUCCUCCUCCACUCGCUCGCUCGGCUGAGAACGAGGGGACUGUCAUAUCAAAGCGGACGCCAGGGGGAGCACGACAACCGCCUUCCAACGACCGACUCCACCGAGCCGCCGUACCCCGGAUCGGCGCGCGCCGGCCGGCUCUGAGCUCCGGAGACACAGAACACGGAAACAAAUCGCCUCACUCACCACCGCCACGCACCGAGUGGCACAACCUAGGUCAGGACCUGCAGCCGGGUCCUCUCUGCGACCUCACGAACGACACCAGAGCCACCAGAGACCUAGACCGAGAUCGGGCCGCCGCCGCCGCCGCCGCCGCCGCCAGCGACCAAAGUGAAACCAGGAACCAGGACGAGAUUCGCCCGAACGGAGCGGCCCGAACCCGAGAACCGGGAAGCUGGGAUCGGUCCCAAGCAGGAAGGGGCGGCAAAGACGGCAGGCCCGCACCACGAGAGAAAACGAACCGGCCACCCGCACGACCUCCGCCGCCCGUGGCAAGACCCCCACCCCCGCCCAACAUGGCCAGAAAAGGGCAAAUGGAAACCAGAAAGAGAAAAAAAAAAAAAAAAAAAAACUCCCAAAGAUGGGUCGGCUCCAGCAAGAGACGAGCCGUCGGGAGGCACCCCGCUCACUUGUGAAAGUCCGCUCCUCG